AUGAGACUGCCACCUCCCGAAGUUCUGCUUACAUGGCCGACACCCAACUACGUCGAUCCGCCCACUCGCGGGAAUGGUGCCCUGAUCGUUAAUAUUGUCUGUUUAAGUUUCGCGUUUGUCGUUACGCUUCUUCGUCUCUACACUCGUUUGAAGAUUACGUAUAGCCCUGGUCUUGAUGAUGUUCUGAUCGUGAUUGCCCUGGGCUUUGCCAUUGCGAUGUGUGCAGUCACCUCUCUCGCAACUGUACGAUACGGCUGGAACCGACAUAUGUGGGACGUCCCACCGACGUGGCUUUCUACUGUCUCGAAGCUCAACCUUGUAUUUCAAAUUCUGUUCUCGUUGGCCUCCUCUGUCACCAAACUUUCGCUCCUAUGGUUCUGCAAGCGUCUUCUCGGCGCCGGAAGUAAGGGCCUUUACCGGACCUACAACUGGUGUCUUAUUGGAGGAAUGGCUUUUGUGUCCCUCAGCUGCGCUCUUUUUCUUCUUUUCAGCAUCUUCCAGUGCAAUCCGAUUCAUGCUUAUUGGGAUCUGGCCCCAACUUAUCCAUACAAAUGCUUAAAUGAUGGUGCCAUUGUCUUCUCCGCAAGUGUCAUCAAUAUCUUCACCGAUUUCCUCGUCACUGUCCUUCCUAUGCCGCUGAUUUGGAAUUUGAAAUUGCCUACUCGACAAAGGAUUGCCGUAAUUUCCAUCUUCGGCUUGGGUAUUGUGGUCAAUGUAGCAGGCUCGGUUCGCACGGUGUACGUCUGGAAGAGCAUGAUCGCCUCAUACGACACCACAUGGCUGGGCUGGCCGGUCCUGCUCGCCGCAUCUGUUGAGAUCAACAUGGGCCUGACUUCCCGCAACUACGCCUCUGGUACGGGUCGCAAGAGUAACAAGCUGUUCUCGUCGGCCGGUCCCUCGAAAGCUUCGCGGCUUGAGUCACGUCAGUAUGGCAUUGACGGGCUUAGCAUUGUGGAACCAUUUGAGGUGAUGCGCACCGUAGAGAUGGAAACAUGGACUGAACCGAGGGUUUCUCACCAGUCGGCCACAGGAGACGACCUGUCCUCAAGCCGUACCCGAGUGGCAACACCGACUACUCAUUUCGACUUGAAAAAUGAAACCACUGUCUAUACCUCUCCAGGGAGUCACAGGUCGUCGGCGUCGCUCAAUCGCGAUAAACCUGGGUCACCCUUUGGGGACGAACACCUCAUUUGA